CUUCCUUCCCGCUGCCCUCUCGGUGCGGAAGUGUUGUCCUCAAGCAGCAGCAGAGCCAGAGCUGCCACUGUUUGGAUAAACACUACGCUAGUUCACUAGCUGGUUCCCCUGCGUCCGUGUCUCUCCUGUCGGGACUUGUCAGCGCUCAUCUUGACCGUGCAGCAUAGCAGUAUUAUGCGAGCACCGUCCGGUGUGUGGAAGCACCGUGUGAAGUGAGUUUCCUUGAAUCAUCUAUAUGGGCCAUCUUCUCUCGAAAAAUGGUUACCGCCUGAAGAAGAGGACACGCAAGUUGCAUCACAGGAAGAAGAAGAAGAGGAACUGUUUCCUGCAGCUGCCUUGCAUGCUUUGCUUCAUCGUCCACAGCAACAGCACCGGUCUUGACGACGACAGCGACCAUUUGGAGGCCGGCGUCAACGGCAGUGGGUGCUGUCACAACAGCAUCACCGGAAUCAGUGUUCCUGGUGUCGGUGGAGUUGGCAUUGGAGCAGCCGCUGCUUCAAAGCUCGCUGAGCGAUACGCAACACUCGCAUCUCCUGAGGACUGCUCCAAGUUCCUGUUGUCACCACGCGAGUUGGCUAUCUGGGAGGGCCAGGGGCGAAGCCUAUUAUCAGCUGUUCCUGCAAAACUGAUUCCACCACCGGCGCUCUUCCGAACUGCUGGGGUGUCUGUGACCGUGCCCAUACCUGUACCUGUGCCUGGCAGCACCAGCGACUAUACUGAGAUGGUGUGUAAGAGGAAGUGCUCAGAGGUGCAGAGGUGCACCCCCUGUAAGCAGCCACGCUGCGCCUUCGCUGCCCCUGACGGAGGGCUGGAGAACGGAGGAGUGGGAGGAGGUGGGGGAGAGGCCGCCUCGAACUCUGAAACCGGCCACUGCCACCUUCCCCUCUGUCCACUUCCCUCCUCCUCCGCUUCUUCUUCCUCUGCCUCCUCCUCUUCCUCCUCACCUGCAGAUGGCUGCUGUGGGUUGGGUCUUCAUGCGGAUUUGCCUCACAGUUCAGACUCGUCCCCCUGCUGCCUGAAUCAUUAUGACGACUGCCAGGCGAGAAGUUCUGACGCUGCUGAUCACUUAAGUAUCAACCACCUGCCUUCCUCCAUCCUUCUUAAGGUGCUCUCCCACCUGACAGUGAAGGAGCGCUGUCUGUGUGCCUCUCUGGUGUGUAAGUACUGGAGGGACCUCUGCUUGGACUUCCAGUUCUGGAAGCAAAUUGACCUCAGUGGCCUACAACAAGUAAACGAUGAUCUCCUGGUGAAAAUAGCCUCUCGGAGGCAGAAUGUGACAGAGAUCAACAUCUCGGAUUGCAGAGGGGUCCAUGACCAUGGUGUGUCCUCCCUGGCCUCACACUGUCCGGGCCUGCAGAAGUACACAGCAUACCGCUGCAAGCAGCUUGGUGACAUGUCCCUGUCAGCCUUGGCUACACACUGCCCUCUGCUGGUGAAAGUGCACGUGGGUAACCAGGAUAAACUAACAGAUGAAGCACUAAAAAAGCUGGGAGAGCACUGCAGUGAGCUGAAAGACAUCCACUUGGGUCAGUGCUACAGUAUCACAGAUGAAGGCAUGGUGGCCUUGGCUAGAGGAUGCCGUAAACUGCAGAGACUCUACUUGCAAGAGAACAAACUGGUCACUGAUCGGUCUGUGCGAGCAGUUGCGGAGCAUUGUCCUGAGCUACAGUUUGUUGGCUUCAUGGGAUGCCCUGUGACCUCUCAGGGAGUCAUCCAUCUUACUGCGCUACGAAACCUAAAUGUCCUGGACCUGCGGCACAUCUCAGAGCUCAACAAUGAGACUGUGAUGGAGGUGGUGAGGAAAUGUCGCAACCUCAGUUCCCUCAACCUUUGCCUCAACUGGAGCAUCAACGACAGGUGUGUGGAAAUCAUCGCCAAGGAGGGGAGAAGUCUGAAGGAGCUCUAUCUUGUGUCUUGUAAAAUCACAGACCACGCUCUGAUAGCCAUAGGCCAGUACAGCAGUACUAUAGAGACUGUGGAUGCAGGCUGGUGUAAGGACAUCACAGACCAGGGAGCCACACAGAUCGCUCAGAGCAGCAAAUCCCUCCGCUACCUGGGCCUCAUGAGAUGUGACAAGGUGAACGAGGAGACGGUGGAGCGACUGGUCGUCCAGUACCCUCACAUUGUUUUCAGCACGGUGAUGCAGGACUGCAAGAGAACCCUGGAGAGAGCUUAUCAAAUGGGCUGGAGCCCCAACACAUCAAACACUUCGUAGCUACUGCUGGAUCACACAGACACAGACACACGCACGUACAUAAACACAUAACUACACAGAGGCCCUUUUGUGUACAGACACAAAUACACAAUAUUUGCAGCUCAGUCAUGUUUGCUUCUCAUCCACUGUUCAAACAUGCAUGUGAACAUGUAGCUACACACUCACAGACAAAGGUCCAGUCCAUCAACUGUUUCAUUUGAAUUAAAUCUCCCAUUUUAAUAAUUUAAUAUGGGCCUCCUUGUAUUUUAUAAUUAAGUGAGACUUCAUGCACCCACAGAACUUUACCACUCACAGGUUAUAGUCAACAACAUGACUGAAUUGUCAUUAUCAUCAGCUGUAAGUGAGAUUAGAUGCAAAAAAUUAGGGUACUUUCUUUGACCAGAACCUUGAGUGACUAGUUUGUUUUGGUGCAAAGCAGUGUGCUUUGUGUUAUUUGAUAUCUACUUAAAGUGAGUGUUACUCAAUAGGUGAUAGGGUAUUAAGCGUCAUACAUUUUAAGUCCUGCACCUCACCUUGGAUGGAGUGAAGGUAAAGAUUCAUGAGGAAGGGUGCGGGCUGGUCUUGAACACAUGAAAAAGAUCCAAACUAUCGCAUAACUAAAUCAAGGUCGGACCAGAAGUAUUUUUAAUGAGAUUCGAUUCGAAAGGGUUUGUUGCCCCAACUGGAACCGAUGUUCUUGAGCACUGCGCCCCAUGUCAGGCCUCUGCAGUGUUUACUUUCUUCAAACUGAACUCAAUUGCUGCAGCGAGAUCGCACAAGACAGAGCAGAGGUUUGGAGAUCAGGAGAUGACAUCCCACUUCAGUCCGGAAGACAACUGAACUGCCAGGGCUUCAGAGCUCUCUUGAGACAUUUCGAGAAUUCUGUGAUGUUUAUUUUGUCAAAUUAGAAGAUUCUUCCUUUCUUGGAUGUUUAGUACAGUGUUACAGGCGUUUGUGGACUCAUACAUAUUGAGAUUGUUGACAAGGCUCCAUUUGAAGGACAGAGCUCUUUACUGUGACUUAUUAUGCACAUCAUCAUGGUACAGAUUAAGGCCAUAAUCAGUCAAACCUAUGACAAAUGCAUUGCAGGAAAAACAGCAUUGAUUACUUCUCAAAAACUGCAUGUUUACAUUGAGAUGCUCACCUUAUUUUUUCAGCUAAAAAGAUAUAGUCUACAGAUGAUCUGACGUUGAUAUUCACCUCUGUAUGACUGGGGAACAAUGCUGCUUUUGAUGUCAUGUAUAGAUUCAGGGUUGACUGAGCAUCACCUUGAUUCAGUAAAGAAUGAAAUCAAACAGUGCUUGAAAUAGAAGUUGCCUUUACAUAAAAACCCUGGGUCAUGUUAUCAGAAUAUAUUAACCACAACCACCAUGAUGACAGGUAAGAGGAAACGUUGCCUUAAGUGGUUAGUAGGUAAUUGCCAUCCAAUUAGCAACCUGAAAUCGACCCAGAAUUUACUAAAUAAAUGUUUAUCUGCUCUGAGUUUAUCUGAUACCAUAUUCCCAUUAUUUGAACUGAUAUAUAUAUAUAUAUACGUAUAAAUAAAAUACUGUGUGGGAUUUACUUAGCCUAAUAUGGUUUUGAGCAUAUACUUGUAACAUUAUCUAUGUAGCAAUGCAAUGAGGGAUUUAUCUUUCUUAGUGGUGUAGGAUGUAAUGAAAAAACUUGGGCCUGGGCCUGGGCCUAUAACUGAGGCCAGUAGAAGUUGGUAGGUAAGAGUUUAUCAUUUUCAUUUAUUCUAUAGAAACUCAGUAGUGUACAAUUAAAAAUGCAAAUAACCAGGGUAUUUUUCUAUGGUGUGAACCAGCUCUGGGGUCAGCCUCCACACACUGUCACUCAGAAAUGAACAAUAGCUCACUGAGCUUAGGGUUCAAGUAGAACUGUAAACUUUCUACAGUAUACAGAGAUUUCAGACAAUUAAAAACAUGUUCAUUCUACCCUUGUCAGGAUUUGUAGACUUUAAUCGAUGGAGAGUUUCUCCCUCCACCUGUUUUUGUUCUGUUUCUGUUCUUUUGUAAUCCCCAUACGCACUUUCUCCUCUGCUAGAUGUUGACACACUUGAUUCCUGAUUUGUUAAGGCAACCGUAAAUGACUGGAUUUACAUAAAGAUGAAUAAAACACUACUACUUCAA